UUCCGUAUGCAGCAAUAUUAUUGUCUGAUCGAUACCUAUUAUGUCCUGGCUUCAAUCGUCAAUGACGCUGUUGAUCCUUAGCUAUAAAUGCUGCUCGCCGGCGAGGAGUCAUAACACAGAGGUUCCAGACAUCCGACGAUACAAUGAAGCUUCUAAUAGCGAUUGCGCUAGCGUGCAUCGUUGGCCUAGCCUACGGCCGGCCUCAAGGCAAGUACACCAACAAAUGGGACAACAUCAACGUUGACGAGAUCCUGGAGUCCCAACGACUCCUGAAGGCCUACACCGACUGCCUCAUGGAGAGGGGCCGCUGUACUCCAGAUGCCAAAGCCUUGAAAGAAACCCUGCCUGACGCCUUAGAGAAUGAAUGCUCCAAGUGUACUGAGAAGCAAAAGGAGGGAUCUGAUAAAAUCAUUAGGAAUCUUGUCAAUAAACAUCCUGAUAUUUGGAAGGAACUGUCAGGCAAGUUUGAUCCUGACAACAAGUACUCUCAGAAAUACAAGGAUAAACUGGAGGACGUCAAGAAGCAAUAAAUAUAAUAUUUCCGAGUCAUGGUGAAAGUCCUCGAGGUACGAAGUUGAUGAGCGUUUGAUUUGGUAGCGAUUUUUGUACAUUUUAAUAAACGUCAUUGUACCUGA